CUAUAUGGGCAUUCUCAGGAAGAUCUCGAGACAUAGUCUGCGGGUAGAAUCAACCUGGAAGAAAAAUUGGAAAUCAUCCGAGGCAGGAGUGAGAUCGGUGACGUUCUCGAGCUCUGCCUUGAUCGACAAAAGGAGGCGCUGAGAAGCACUAUUCAAGGCGAGGUUUGAGACAAAAUGGAUAAGUAACAGCCACUUACAACCAUUUUCAGUUUGUGAAAGAAAGAAAGGAGUUUCGUGUUCAGGCGUAUAGAUGGCUCGUAAUGAAGACUGCGAAAGUGUUAUGUGGAUUGAAAGGGCGGCGACUCGAUCAUGAUCGUCGGGAUUGAUGCGCCUCUUCUCACACGAAAUGGUACAGUAGAUUGAUCAUGGGCGCCUACGAGUACUCUUUCCUAGGUGUCUCCUCUAAAAUGUCCUUCUCAGGGUUGCGCCGCUCUUUGUUGCAGCACGCCUCGCUUAGACGACCAUUCCAUGCUUCGGCAGUUGCUGCAAUGCCUCGCGGUCGUCCGGCUGACUCGACAGCCCGUCGCGCUCGUCUCGAGGAUAUCAUCACGGAAGAGGACUUGGAAGAUGGAACGAACAAAGGCGACGAUACAACGUCCGGUGGUCAUAUCGCGCUCAGGCAGCAGCGUCAGUUACUGUACUACCUUCGUUUAAUAGAACAUGAAAUGCCGCGGCUAGUUGCGUACAGAAAGCCAUUUGUUCCUCCAAGCCAUUCAAACCCCUUAGUUGUUCGUUCGUUAUCAUACGGAGGGGAGGAACACCCAGCGAUGCGGAAACGUACAGUUGUUGUCCCUGUUGCACGCCUUCCACUGAAAGACGAACACGCCAUUCAUACCUUCAAGCUCCUUGCUGGAGUUCGUUGGUCGCCGGAACCUCCAAAAGAUGCUGGCAUUGGUCCAGACGAAACCGGGAGAGAACAUGGCUACCUAAAGAUUUCAUGUGAAGACUUUCCCAAAGGUCCCAUGAACUUGAAAUGGAUCAGCGAUACGCUCGAUCGCCUUAUUGCUGAAUCGAAUAACGCGAAGAAGCGUUUCGCCGAUAUUCCUAUGGACACACGACAUCUGGAUGCCAAAGUGCGGAAGGCAAAGAAAGGUGGUCAUGCUUAUGGUCGCGGCAAUAGUCGACCCACCUUGAAAGACUUCCCAAAGGAGUGGUUACCUGCAUCGACCUCAGUACCUCGUUCCACUCCCACCCCUUGAUUACAUUCUGCUCGCUAUAUAUAAUUGCCUAAUGAUUGCUCAUUGUC